ACAAGACAAUGAAAGUGGAACACCAUUGCCUGAGUAAGGAUGGGACCCCACUGCGCCUCUCUUCCUCUCCCUAUUAUUGUCCAGUAGUCGUGACUCUGACUUGGGAGUAGCGAAAGAGGAGAGUUGAGCUGGUGGCUUUGGGAGUGGAGCUCUUCAAUCCUGUUCCGGUCUUCCUGCGAUCGCCGCCGUUCACUUUUUCUCCGAUCGACCUCCGGCAUGAGUCGCCACCCUGAGGUGUUGUGGGCACAGAGGUCGGAUAAAGUGUACCUAACAAUUGCGUUACCAGAUGCAAAAGAUGUUUCAGUGAAAUGUGAGCAGCGGGGGUUCUUUAGUUUCUCAGCUACCAGCGCUCAAGGUGAAUCCUUUGACUUCAGCCUGGAACUGUUUGGAUCAAUAUUGCCUGAGGGUUGUCGAACAAAGACUGGAUUAAGAAACAUCAUCAGCUUAAUCCAGAAAGAGGAGAAAGGUUGGUGGAAGAGACUACUGAAGUCAGAAGAGAAACCUGCACCAUACCUGAAAGUUGAUUGGAACAAAUGGUGUGAUGAGGAUGAGGAGUCAGGUUCUGAAGUAGGAUUGGAUGGUGAUGCUGCUUUGUAUGAAGACGGAGAUGGAGAAAGCAGUGAUGAUGAAGGAAUGCUAUUGCAUUGCAGAUCUUCCCGAUCUAGAGAAGGCGAGAGGCAAGUAACAAACAAGGCAAGAGGAAAGUAGCAACAGUGGGAACGAACAAGUGGAUUCCCGACGUAUCCUGCUGUGUGACGCAAAUGCAAAGUUAGCGUAUGUUAGCAAGUGAUGCUGUGAGCAUCUUUUGCAGAUAGCCCAUCGCACAACACCGAAAUGGCGCUUGAUCUUUUCAUCACCGUAGGUUAUUGCUGUAAAAAUCUGUGAUACUUGAUAAGCAGGGAAGUAUCAGAUAUAUUGGCUGAUGCUUCACACCUGCAUUUACAUUUUUACCCUGCGAUAGCAGCCGGAGUCUCUGCUGAUGAUCAUGGGGUUAGGAACGCAUUUUGACAUGUCAGCAGUUCACUAGACUGAAGUUACAUAAGUUGGAUUAUUAAUCAUCGACUAGUUGAGAAA